AUGUCCAAAUCGACGAAGUUACACUUGAAAAAUAGGGAGUCAAAACAGUUGCCAAUCUACAAGCAUAAAGCUAAACUGGUGCAGGCAGUGAACGAGAACACGUUUUUGGUGGUCACCGGUGAGACUGGCAGUGGGAAAACGACACAGCUUCCACAAUAUUUGUACGAAGCAGGCUUUUGUAAAAAUGGCAAAAUUUGCGUUACCCAGCCCCGCCGGGUGGCUGCCAUCACGGUGGCUCAGAGGGUUGCCCAUGAGAUGCAGUGCAUUCUGGGAAGAGAAGUGGGCUACCAGGUACGGUUUGACGACUUCACAACACAGGAUACAGAGGUAAAAUACAUGACAGAUGGCUGCUUGCUCAGAGAGGUCCUGGCAGAUCCUGGACUUUCUCGUUACAGCGUUGUGGUUUUGGAUGAGGUCCACGAACGAAGCCUUAACACUGAUAUCCUUCUGGGUUUACUGAAGAAGGUGUUUUCUCAUCCAACUGAAGCUAUGAAGGGCCGAGCUUUCCCACUGAAGGUGGUGGUGAUGUCUGCAACCCUGGAAACAGACAAACUUUCAAGCUUUCUCGGUGACUGCCCCGUGUAUGCUAUCCCUGGAAGGACUUUUCCCGUCACCUGCACAUUGGGCACUGCUGUGGGUCCGAAAGAUUUACAGAGCACAAGUUAUGUGAGAGAGGUUGUGUCUCUGGCCCUGGAUGUUCACACCAGUGAGACGGCUGGCGAUAUUCUGGUGUUCUUAACCGGUCAGUCAGAGAUUGAGCGGGCCUGUGAUAUGCUGUUUGAAAAAGCUGAGUCUAUUGACUAUCGCUAUGAUGUACAGGACAAGACAGUGGACGGGCUCCUUAUUUUACCCCUCUAUGGUUCCAUGCCAACUGAGCAACAGCGGCAGAUAUUUCAGCCUCCUCCUCCAGGAAUACGGAAGUGUGUGGUCGCCACCAAUAUUGCUGCCACGUCUCUCACCAUCAAUGGCAUAAAGUACAUCAUCGACAGCGGCUUUGUGAAACAACUCAACCACAACUCCAGGGUGGGCAUGGACAUUUUGGAAGUGGUACCCAUUUCAAAGAGUGAAGCUCAGCAGAGGGCAGGCCGAGCUGGAAGAACCUCAGCAGGGAAGUGUUUUCGCAUCUAUACCAAGGAAUUCUGGGAGGAAUGCAUGCCUGAAUACACCAUUCCUGAGAUCCAGAGGACAAGUCUGACCUCAGUGGUCCUCACGCUCAAGUGCCUUGGUGUACAUGAUGUCAUUAGAUUUCCUUAUCUGGACCCACCUGAAGAGAGGUUUAUCCUGGAGGCCCUGAAACAACUCUAUCAGUUUGACGCCAUUGACAGGAGGGGUCGAGUAACUCACCUGGGGGAGCUGAUGGUGGAGUUCCCCCUACAACCAGGCCUAACCAGAGCGCUACUCAAAGCCGCCUCACAUAGCUGCGAGGACUUGCUGCUUCCUGUGGCUGCCAUGUUAUCUGUAGAGAAUAUUUUUAUUCGACCAGGUCACCCCGAGAAAAUGAAAGAGGCGGAUCAGAGUCAUCAAGCACUAGCAGAGAGCAGCGGUGGGAUGAAUGACUUCAGCACUCUUCUUAAUGUGUUUCAACGAUGUAAAUCUAGUGAAAGACCAUCAGUGUGGUGCAAGGACAAUUGGAUCCAUUGGAGGGCGCUCAAGUCUGCUUUUAAUGUGGAGACUCAGCUGCGUGACAUCCUCCUCCGUCUGCAACAAAGGAAAGAUUUCCCUGUGGAGGAAUUUGAUGGCAAUAGAAAUGAGCUCUUUAGACGGUGUUUAUGCACAGGAUACUUCAACAAUGUUGCCAGAAGAUCUGUUGGGAAGGUAUUUUGCACAAUGGAUGGCCACGGAUCCAUGGUUCACAUUCAUCCAUCAUCAUCGCUAUUUGAAAAGGAGAUGGAGCUUGACUGGAUUCUCUUCCAUGAUGUAUUGAUGACAUCCCGCGUGUAUGUCAGGACUGUAUGUCCUAUCAGAUACGAGUGGGUGAAGGACCUGCUGCCUAAACUGCAUGAGGUAGACGUUUAUGAAUUGAGUAGCGUGGCAAGAGAAGAAGUCACUGAUGAAGAGGUGACCAGGUGGGAAAUGAAGGAAGCUUCCAAAAGGCAAUCGGAUCUUUCUGCUGAGGAUGCCUUGAAGAAAGUGGAGAAGCGAAACGAUGAGGGCAGUGUCAGUGAGGCACGCGCUCGCUAUUUGCAGCGGAAGAUGCAAAGACAGCAGAAUAAAGUUCUCUGA